AUGGACGCCGGGUCGUGGCGUGCACAAAUCUCGACGGCACUGGACAUAAUCAACGCAAUGACCAACUUGAACCCCAGCGCCCCGAAGUGCCGCGACAUCAUCUACCGGCUGUGCGGGGACAGUCUAUACCCGUACGGAUCGUCAGCGACACCGACACCUACGCACUUCCAAGCACAAGGACAAGCAUCAGCACAAGGACCAGCAUCAGCAUCAGCAUCAGCACAAGGACCAGCAUCAGCACAAGCACAAGCACAAGCACAAGCACAAGCACAAGCACAAGCACAAGCACUAUCUGGGUCGCAACAACAAAUCGACCUUCUGGUCCAACCGCCUCUGCAGCCAGAGCUAGCAGGAGCGACGUCGUCAACAUCAACAGAUGAGUGGUCAACCAUGUUUCCCAUGGCGGGGUUCGCGAACCCGUCAUUUUCCUACUCGGCGCCCAAUCCAGGAAACACAGCGGGAGUGGGAGCGGGAGCAGGAGCAGGAGCAGGAGCAGGAGCGGGAGUGGGAGCAGACGCAGCCACGGCCGCAGAUGCAGAUGCCGGCAUGCUGGAUCCGUGGAUGACCGAGGUCGACACCGCGAUCGACAACUACGACGUCUACUGCGACCGGCUUAGCAACGCGGCCGUGGCCAUGGCGGGGAUACGCAUGGACCCAGACACACAGUUCGUCAGUGGUGGCGUAAACGUGGAGGAUGGCGGCACUGCCGCAACACCGUUCAACAUGGACGGUACGGAUAUCGGGAUCGGGACGGGGACUGGGACUGGGACCGGGACGGGGGUGCAAGAUUGGGAUUGGGGGUUGAUGCUGUAA